AUGUUCAAGUAUUUGAAUUUAAGCCAUACUAGACUGCGGAGUUUAGAGUGGUUACAAAAAAAUACGGUCAUCUCCCGUUUAGACCUAAGGCAGACGAAGUUAAACUUUUAUGACGAAGAUUCCAAAUAUUUGAAGCAUCUAAAAAUACAACAAGCUAUCCACGGAGACAGUUUUAAAUUGUGUUGUUCGAAGUACGCAGGGUCAGGUGUCCCUGCUUAUAACUGUUUUGCCCCGAGUGACGCCAUCUCGUCUUGCGAGCACCUAAUUGGUGACGUCAUAAAGCGGUCAUUGCUGUGGAUGAUUGUUACGGUUGGUCUUGUGGGCAAUGUUAUUUUGGUUGUUGUUAACCUCUCAUACAAGAGAGCCGAGUUAAGCCAAAGCGACAAGGCUUACGUCACAAACUUAGGCGUUUCUGACUUCCUAAGGAGCGUUUACGCCGUCCUUAUUCUUGAAAGUGACGUGUACCACGGGGACUACUAUGUCAUCUAUGAGAGCCAAUGGCGGGAAAGUUCUCUGUGUACCGCUGCAGGUUUUCUGCUCACACUAUCGUGUGAGACGUCCACCAUGUUUGUCCUGCUCAUCACUCUAGACAGGUAUCUCAUCUUUAAAAACCCCUUGCGUCCAUGCAAGAUUCCUCUUGUUGGUUUAGUCGCCUCCGUUUUCGCGGUUUGGGUUAUCGGUCUUGUUCUGGCUAUUUUACCUGUUCUGUACCCCGAGUGGGAAAUCUACUCUUCCAACGGCAUGUGUUUAGGUAUUCCUGUAAACAUGAAACGCAGCACAGGUUGGACUUAUUCUUUCGUUGUUUUCAUCGUCUUCAACUUUCUUCAGCUUAUUUUCAUCAUCGCUGGCCAAAUCGCCAUCUUCAAGUCUAUCGCUUUGUCUUCAGAUUCACAAAUAAAUUCCCCAACAAACCGCAUACGUGAAAUCACAGUGGCCAAAAACUUGUCAUUGGUCGUGUUGUCCAACUUUUUCUGCUGGUUUCCGGUGUGUGUUGUCGGCCUGAUGUCUGCCAGUGGACACAUGUUUAGUCCGGACACGCAUGGCUGGCUGGCCAUUUGUGUCAUCCCCCUCAACUCAGCCGUGAACCCGGUACUAUACACCCUGCCUGCCGUCUACCAAAAAUGGCUGAAUUUUUAUCACGGUAAAUUAAUUGCACCUAGAGAGAUUAAUAAUAGAAAUGCGGGGAAAUAA